AUGCUGCGACCCCGCCUCCGGGGAGCAGCCCAAGCUCAGCCCUGCCCCUUGUCCUGCCCCCGCAGGGCCACCCACGUCACCCCCAGGCCGCCCCAGGGGCUGCCCAAGCGGCCACGCUCCACACUGGGCUCCUCGCCUAGGCCUAAGGCCCGAGACCGGCCGACGUCCGACCCCCGGCGCCCAGUGGGGGCUGCCCGAGAUGAAGCGACUGUCGAGCGGCGGGAGCCGGGACAGACAGACGGACGGUCAGGCCCGGGGCCGCAAGGGACCUGCAGAGGGGACCGCGGGCAGGGCGGGGCGGACGCAGGGUCACCACAGGCUGGGGCCGGCCGGCGAGAUCGCGUAGAAUCACAGUGGACACAAAGAAUGACAACCACUUCCCCAAAGAAGUGCAUGCCUCUAAAAGGCAUCCGGGUGUUCUCAUUCUUGUUCCUUUCCUCAAUGUUCAACUGGAUCCCCAAAGGAAGCCAAAAAAAAAAGAAACUCAGGUGGACCAGGGCACUGUGGAGAGGGAAGUGCUCAUCCAGGCUGCUGCCCCUGGGCAAAGCACUGUGAGCAGGAAGAGAUGCUACUUUCUAGUGAGAUACCCAGGGUACUGCAUGGAGCAGAGCUAUUCCUGUCCAGCCCAUCACCACUGGAGUUUUUGGUGAGGUGCCAAAGGCACUGCUUGGAGCAGAGGUACAUCUGUCCAGCCCAACACGACUGUGUCCUCCUCGUGAGCAUUUUUCAAUAAACUACAUCUCAUAUCCCA